AUGAAGACGACUUGGAAAGAUAUUGCCCCGGUGCCAACUUCUCAAGAAUUUAUUGAUAUUGUCUUGAGUCGAACUCAACGAAGACUGCCCACGCAGAUUCGAGCGGGCUUUAAAAUCAGCAGAAUUAGAGGAUUCUACACUCGAAAAGUAAAGUUCACCUCCGAGACAUUCUGCGAAAAACUCCAGGCCAUUUUAGAAGGAUUUCCCCGGCUGCAAGACAUUCAUCCGUUCCACAAAGAUCUGCUCAAUACACUCUACGAUGCCGACCAUUUCAGAAUAGCCUUGGGUACCCUCUCAACAGCCAAGAGACUGAUUGAAACCGUUGCAAGAGAUUACGUUCGACUGCUCAAGUAUGCACAAUCCUUGUUCCAAUGCAAGUCCCUCAAGCGUGCGGCUUUGGGACGCAUGGCCACGAUAUGCAAAAGAUUAAAGGACCCGCUAGUCUACCUGGAGCAAGUUCGACAGCAUCUUGGACGUCUUCCCAGUAUUGAUCCCAAUACCCGAACUCUUCUCAUCUGCGGAUACCCGAAUGUUGGAAAGUCCAGUUUCCUCCGGUCUGUUACUAGAGCAGAUGUCGAUGUACAGCCAUAUGCAUUCACAACCAAAUCACUGUUUGUGGGACAUUUCGACUACAAGUAUCUCCGAUUUCAAGCAAUUGACACACCUGGAAUUCUGGACCAUCCUCUAGAAGAGAUGAAUACCAUUGAAAUGCAGUCGAUCACAGCAAUUGCCCAUUUACGAUCUGCUAUUCUAUACUUUAUGGAUUUGUCAGAGCAAUGUGGUUAUUCCGUCUCUGCACAGUUGGCUCUAUUCACUUCCAUUAAACCCUUAUUCGCCAACAAACUUGUGUUCAUCGUGAUCAAUAAGACGGAUGUCAUGAAGCCCGAAGACCUUGAUCCCGACACACAGAAAGAACUCAACGAUGUCCUGACCCAAAACUCAAACACUGAGCUUCUACAGCUGUCUUGCAUCACAAAUGAUGGUGUACAAGAAGUGAAGAACACAGUCUGUGAUCGACUGAUCGCGGAGCGGGUAGCUUCCAAACUGAAGGCUGGACAAGCCGCACAGUCUUCCACUGCGGACGUCCCCACUGGCCGCCUGGGUGAUCUCCUCGCCAGAAUUCACGUUGCCCGUCCCCUUGAGGGCGCUGUCAGCGAGACCUACAUCCCCGAAGCCGUCAAGAACGGCACAUACAAGAAAUACGACAAAGAAGAUCCCGAGCGCAAGAAGCUGGAGCGCGAGCUCGAGGAAGAAGAAGGCGGCGCGGGAGUCUACAACAUCGACUUGAAGAAGUUCUACGACCUGGCCGAUCCAGAAUGGAAGCACGACCGAGUCCCCGAGUUCUACAACGGCAAGAACAUCGCCGACUACGUCGACCCGGACAUCGAAGAGAAACUCGCCGCGCUCGAAGCCGAAGAAGAACGCUUGACCAACGAAGGCUUCUACGACGAGAGCGACAGCAUGGAGGACGAAGAGGACGCCGAGAUCCGCAUGAAGGCCGACAUGAUCCGCAACAAACGCGUGCUGAUGAUGAACGAGGCGCGCGCGAAGAAGAGUCUGAAGAACAAAGCGCAGAUCCCCCGGGCCAAGAAAUCCCGCACCCUGACCCAGAUGCAGCGACACAUGACGUCGAUCGGCCUCGACGCAUCCGCACCCGUCGACCGCGCGCGCGCAACCAUCCGCAACGCGAACGCCAAAGCCCCCUCGACCGUUGGCGGCGAUGCCAUGGACGUCGACGACACGCCGUCGCGCCGCGCCAAGUCCGUGUCCCGCGCACCCAGGACGAAUCGUCUCACAGAUGGCCUCGGCAAGACCGCCACCGGCAUCACCGACCCCGUCAAGCGCCAGAAGGCCGAGCGCAUGGCUAAGCUCGGCCAGCGACAGAUGAACCGCAUGGCCAGACAGGGCGAGGCUGAUCGUCAUGAAACCGCUUCUCUGCCGUCUCACUUGCUCAAGGGCAAGAGUAGUAUGAAGACUUCGAGAUCCAGAUAA